GAAUUGGACCCGAUGGUCAUAUAGCAUUUAAUGAACCUGGAAGUUCGCUUUCAUCACGUACUCGGCUGAAAACUCUCAAUGCGGAUACGAUACAGGCUAACUCACGAUUUUUCAAUGGCGACAUGUCUAUGGUACCGACACAGGCAUUGACUGUAGGUGUUCAAACAGUGAUGGAUGCCAAAG